CGUCCGUUCCCUGAGAUUCCUUCCCCCCACUCGCUCACCGUCUCCCCCAUUUCCUCCAAGAAUCAAGGAAGCGGCCAACCACCACGAACCAGCACCGGGAGGGAGACCUGCCGCCGCCGGGAAGAGAAGAGAAGAGAAUGCUGGAGGGCAAGGCGGUGGUGGAGGACACGGACAUGCCGGCGCGGAUGCAGGCGGCGGCGACGUCGGCCGCCUCCCGCGCGCUCGACCUCUUCGACGUCGACGACUGCCGCGCCAUCGCCGGCCACAUCAAGACGGAGUUCGACCGGCGGUACGGCGUGGGGUGGCAGUGCGUGGUGGGCGCCAGCUUCGGGUGCUUCUUCACCCACUCCAGCGGCACCUUCAUCUACUUCUCCCUCGAGCGCCUCACCUUCCUCCUCUUCAAGGCCGCCCCCGUCGCCUUCGCGACCUCCUGUGAUUCGUCGGCGGUAUCUUGAUCUGCUCCUGUCCAACCAACCCUGCAGAGUCUCAUUCGUUGGCGAUGACGGAUUGAGCGUCGAGAAGUGGAAGGGCAAGGCCUCGUUCAGAAUCAGAAUCAGAGUUCAUACCUGUAUGCUCUGCUGAACGCGAACCAUCCAGAUUUUGUACAUAGACCAUGCUCAGUAAAUUGCAGGGUGUUGCCAAUCUCC